AUGGAUCAACCACCACCACCCCAAACAGGAGAACCCCCGCCCCCGUAUAGCUUACAGCCCUAUCCAGGGGUGCCGCCAAACUCCGGGUACGUGCAACCCUCAUACCCUGGUCAACCUGCUCCCCAACUGGCUGGGAUUCAAUAUGGUUACCCAGCAACGGCCGUCGUUGUUUCGCAACCAGGCGUCGUGACCAGAAUUCUGACACAACCCCCACCAAAAUCUUAUAUGGUCAUUUCUGUAUGGCUUGGAUGCCUAUGCUGUCUGUGUAUACCUCUUGGUAUUGGUGCGAUAAUAGCAUCAACUAACGUCCAAUCGGCCAUAGCCCGUGGGGAUAUUCCAUCAGCGAAAAGUUCGUCUAAAACGGCAAAAGUCCUCAAUAUAAUCUACUUCAUGCUUGGUUUAUAAUCAUACUGAUUGGUAGCACUCUUUACUCAAAUACCAAAACCUCUCGAAGAAAAUCCAACGAUACCUGUAGCGAAGUGUAGUGUUUUCCUGAGGUAUCUAGUCUUCUCGAAGAAUAUACAUAUAAUACCUGUAGCACAGUGUAGUGAUAUCCUCAAGCAUCCACACUUCUCAAAGAAUGAACAGCUAAUACCUGUAACUUAAUAUAAUGUUAUCCUAAAGUGUGAAUACUAUUUUAAGAAAAUACUGAUACCUGCAGCUUAAUGUGGUGUUAUCCUCGUGAAUUCAGGCCUCUCAAAAUUAUAAAACUUAUAUAUGUAGUUAAAUGUAGAUUUAUCCUAAAGUAUCAGUAUUUUUCGAAGAAGAAGUGUAAACCUCAAGCGUCUAGAUUGCUAGAGUUAUACUCAGCGAAUACGUGCAUCUAGUUGUAGCGUCGGAAAAAACGUCCCGUUUCCUGUUGCUUAAAGGUUGGUAAAAUUUGACCGGUGGCCAGUGAAAAAUUCGAAUUGAUGACAUUAAGAAUUUGAAUUUCUUUGAUUAUUUUGAAUUUUCCUUCACCGCUGGAUAACUCUGACCAACAUUUGAGCAACUUUGGCCAGACUGCUAGAGGCAUACACAGCGAAUACGUGCAUCUGACUAGCGCAGGCAUGACGUCUCCAGACUGUAAAUACAUUUACAACUAAUCCUAUAACGCAAUAUAAGCCUGAAAAGUCCCAGAUAUAUACAACUGUUUAAGACCUGUACAACGAAACCUGUCACCUCGUGCAAUAUUAGCCUUGAUUAUCCAGAUUGGUAACGAUAUAUAGCCAACUUGUAUAUAUACAUUGGACAGCAAAUUCAUGCACAUUUUUGCCAGGUUUUGUACCGAAGGGGAGACUACCAAAUUGUUUGCUUUAUUUAAAUGUGAAACUGUUAACGUAUUUUUUGACAUAUUCAACUUGACUAAGCAAAUAUUUAAUAUACAUUUAUUACAGGAAUGUUAUCGUGUAAUCGGUCGUUUUUUCUUACUAUCCAUAUACUUAUAGCUGCUGGUAUGUCUGUGAUUUAUUGCAUUAUAUAAAUAACGAAUACUUCUUAUAAUUGUACCACUUUAUAAUCCUUUAAUAAAAGAUAAAUAAACACAAGUUUAAUUAUACAACAAAAACGAAAUUUAUCCUCCAGGUCCAUUUUUUAUUAGCAGAAUUCCAUAUUUACAAAACAAUGUUGCGAAAUUGAGAAAAUGUACGGCUAUAUUUAAAGGAAAGAAGUCAACCAAUAAAUACAGUUACUUGGAGCCGAAAUACAUAUACAUAUAUUUAGGAAUGAAAUAACAAAAAAUGCAUUCCAGUUGUUGUAUCAAUUGAAAAUAUGCACGUUAAAAAGAUUUUAAAAUACCUUUCAAUGUUCGUCUAAUGAUGUUAAAAUGUAAAUAAAAACGUUUAAAAAAGAACAAAAACGGCAUGAUUUAUUGUAAUUGAUGACUUGUUGGUUGUAAAACGCGAUUUCCUCAGUUACUUUAUUUGUUGUGUAAAAAUUGAUAUAUUGUACUGUAGGA